UAACGGCGUUAUUUAUAACGGCAUUAUUCCCAACACUGGUCGCGACUCUAUUUAUAUUAGGGUGACCAAACGUCCUCUUUUGCCCGGACAAGUCCUACUUUCACGCAGUAUCCUCGUUGUCCGGGCGGGUUUUAUAAAUUCAUAAAAAUGUCCGGGUUUUAUGAUUUUUUUUUUUACGGGACCAACUUGAAGAGAAUUCCUCCGGCCGCUAGGGGGCAGCGCUUGCCUGUGUUGACGUUGCUCCUACUAGUAGGGGCGGGAGAAGGAGUAGACCUUCUUCUUCUUUUUUGUUGGCAGUUCACCCUUUUUUUCAUGGGGAAUUACCACCACCUACUGACUGUUUGGCGAGAGCUCAGACUACAGUAAGGAGUUCAAUAAGAAGUUCUAAAAGACGUGGCUCCAUACACCUUUCUGAUUUCCCAUCACAGCACCAGUAUGCUCGACAGCUGUGAAAAACCUGUGGGCUAUCACCCGUAAAAGUUCAGCCAAGUUCUGGCAUAAUGUCUUUGGAAUCUACAUGGACAAGGACUGGAGCUGAUGACAUGGACCUCGAAACGUCCGAGGACUGUCUCAGCAAUGGUGUCUCUGUAGCUCCCCGGGACUACCCGGCGACCAGCAACGAUGGCAUGUCCGACUUCUCCAAUAGUGACAUCUCACUCCCCGAAGUCUGCGUCACGACCAACUUUGAGGAGAACAUGAGCCACGAGGUCCAGCAAGCCUACAGGAUCUUUUCUUGCUUUCUCCUGGACAAACACAAGGCAGUUGCCGGCCUGUUCCUCCAUGCCGUCGGGCAUCAGGAGGCCCAGUGCGGCGUCGGUGGCGUCUGCGCUCCAGGUCAGGCGAGGCUUAAACAGUCUAUGUGCUUGCGGAGCAUGGAGGAGAAGUUUGUCAACCAGGAGUAUCAGAGCAUAACGGAGUUUGUGGCUGACUUCAGGCUAAUGUUAGAGAACUGCUACCGCUACCAUGGCGUGGACCACUGGCUGUCUAAACAGGCUCAAAAGAUGGAGAUUAUGCUUGAGCAGAAGCUCACACUCCUGUCCAGAACUCUUCGUGAGAAAACUACGUUGGCAGUGACCUCCAAAGGACGUUUUGGCUCAGAGGAGGAAAGAGCUCAGGGGGGAACCUCAACAAGGAGGCGAAUGUCAUCUCGAAGUCUGGCGACCAUCACAGUUGGUGGGCAUGAGUCUGUCAUGGUGCAGACCCUCAGGUUGGAAGAGCAACAGAGGGCCAAGGAAGAAAAGAGGCAACGUGAUUUGGAGAAAAAAGAAGCUGAGGAAAUUUCAGCCAAAGCAAUUGAAGAGUGGGAGCAGACUUUGCUUUUGCAGGCAUCACCUUACACUGUCGACACCUUGUGGGAACUCCCUGCUGUAGGCCACUUUCUAUGCCUGGCCCAAACAGUUCUAAACCUUCCUGAGAUUGUCUUCUUUGAGCUGGAGCGCUGUUUGCUGAUGCCUCGCUGCAGCAGCCUGCUUUCCAAGAUAAUGUCAUCCCUCCUUUCCCCAUGGCAGCGACGGGCUACCUUGCACCGCCGUCCUGCUCUGCCGUACCGCCGCUGGGAGGCGGAGCUCAGGCUGCGGAUCAAAAGCUGGUACCGGAGCAUCGGUUGCGCCAGAGAUCAACCGGCUCGGGCCGAGCAACUUGGACUUUGUCACCAAUUUUUCUACAACCUUGGCAAGACGAGUCCCUUGGAGGAGAAGCCGUUUCACUCGCUGCCCUUCCGCCAGCGAGUGUGGCUUCUCAAGGGCUUGUGCGACCACGUGUACGAGACUCAAAAGGACGUUCAGGAUGCCGUGCUGGCUCAACCCAUACACGAGUGCAGGGAGUCUAUUUUGGGCUACGACAGCAGGGACAACGCCUACAUACAUUUCCCUCACUUUUGCGGCGCAGACUUGCGGAUCUACUGCCAGAGCCCCUGCACCCCACCUGCUUUUCCUUUCCCUUCAUCGUUGGUGAGACGGCUUGAAGAAUACGCUGAAGAUUCUGACGCGCUCAAGGACAAGGACGGAAAUCCUGGAAGCGCUAUGUACGUUAAUACCUCUGGUGAUUUAGUGAAGACAUUGAAGUAUUUUACAGGGGAAAAUGGGGAUGGAAAGAAACACAAAGAAAGUGUCAGGUUCUGGCCGGCGAAGAAAGAGGAUGAGAGGUGUGAGUCAGAGUCGUCGGAUGGACACUCCAGUGAUGAGUCAAGCCAAAAUUGUCGUACUCGCUCCUUUGUUUCAAGAGGAUGCAUUAAACAAGAAACUAUAGAGUUGGACUAUCGAUCCACAACACUAGAAAAGGGACGGUCCAAGGGCUCAGUAUGUACUAUUAAAGAAGAGACUCAAGAUCCUUGUCUGAAUGUAGGGGAACACACGUAUACGGGAAAAAAGGUUGAAUCUGCAAAGAAAAUUAAAGCUGAGACUUCCGUUGAGCCGUCAUUCAAGCUGGUUUGCACCAGUCUGCAAGAAUUGCGAGAUCUUAUCAGCAAAACCGAGGACGAGCUUGAUGACUUGGAGAGCACAAAAAAAAAAUUGCAGGAUCGAUGGUACUUGAGAAAAGAAGCUGUGAAAGACCUCCACAGCACUCUAAUCAGACUAUUGAAUGAGUUGUCACCCUGGGAACCAAAACUUUUGAAAGCAUACCACAGAAAUAGGCUUCGAUUGAAGAAGGAGUUUGACGAAUUCAAGAAGCAUAAGGAGUACAGUAACUUUGUACGAGAGGAGUGUGUGUCAUCAUCGUCAUCAUCAGACAAUGAAGAUAUGUCUUUGCUGGAUCACCAACAGAGAUCAGAAGAUGAACUGGAACAUGUGGUUCCCAGACAUCUUUUGACUGGAGCAAGCACCAGGGACUAUGACAAUGAAUCUGUUGGCGAGAGGUCACCAAGGUUUGCAAUCACAAAUCACGAAAAACAUCCGGAAACUGCUGAACAACAGCAGACUGACGGUACUAAUACUGCUUUUGCCCUGGACAGUGGUCCGAAGUCUAAAUGUGAAAUGGUUCAGUCCAACAAUGACUGCAAUGAGGGAAUGCCAAUUGACGCUUCGUCGAUAUCCAAACUUCAUCUAGUCCACCCCACCACAGGACAGCCCAAACGUUACACGGCCAUUCCCACCCUGUUUGCUAAAAGUGUGGGCAACAAAGUGACCUUAAUGAAACUGCCUGUCGAUUACUCAGCGGUGGACAACCCUGAUAGACAAAGCUUGCGAUGUUCAAGCUCCCAGCCUACUACUACAGUGGGGAACACAAAACUACAAACACAAACCUAUCAGUCCACCUCAGAACAAAACUCGCUACAUAUGGAAGGAGAAUGUGCAAUUAAACAACUGGAAAUCGACACAGUGGCAGCAACUCCUAUUAUGACAUGUUUGGCUAAGCAAUGCCAGACUUUAUUGCAGAAUCCUCUCCAAGUGAUAUCUAACGAUCCAAAGGGCAGGGAACAACUUUUCAGGAAAGAGAGAAGCAAUCUAGCAACAACAACUGAGCAACCUUUUUUGGACAGAAACAGACAGGAGAUCAUCAUGCAACAGGUGGUGAAUCUGCCUUCCAUACAUGUCAUUCACAAAUCCGAGGAGCACCAGUCAAAGGGAACCAUUUGCUUGUCAACUAGUGUACCUGGCUUCACCAUCCCUGACCACAUUCAGCAAGUGGGUCCACUGAAGAAGACCCCUACCCUUUCCCCCUCUCCUCGUCAGCAGUACAGCACCCAGUUUACGCAGCCUUCCCAAUCAAGCGCUUCACAUAGUGUACAUCAAAAUCCUUCAUCUAUCGUAUCCACUUUGGCCGCUGCUCUCCCCCCUAAACCUACAGACGAUAAACAAGAACUUAAGACUAUAUGCAUACGUGAUUCACAGUCCAUCCUCGUGACAACAAGGGGAGGCAACACUGGAAUUGUCAAAGUCCAGACGUCAGCUGCCCAGAAUCCACUGGAUAAUUUACCCACCAGUCCCAUCAUUACAAUUUCACCUCAAUUUAAAGCUUUCCUUGUAUCCAAGAGUGCAGAGGCCUCUUCGGUCCCCUUUCAGAAGAAACCGUGUCCCACCACAACGGUGGCCAGUGUCUCUGUCGCCCAAUCACAUAACCAGAUUUGUCCAACAUUAAAGUCCUCUGCAAUCACAAAGCCUACAGAUCCAAAAUGCUUGACUUCGAAAACAUCUGUUGACAUGGUUCCAGGAUCCAACAGUUCGGAUGAUUCUACAGUUUCUAGAAUCGUUUACAACCCAGCACAGACAUUAGCUACCCAUUCUCUUGGAAUAAAAAGUACUGCUGAUGGUAUUGGACAAGCCGGUGUUAUCAGUCGGACUGGUUUGAAGCGGCGCAGUACAGAUGAGCAGUCUAAGGUGGCGAAAUGUAUCCUGGUUGCCAACUCCUCAUCCUGUGCCUCUACUCUUUCUGUUCCAAAAGAUGAAUCCUCUACAAAGCAGCCUCUUGGAUCAAGAUUGAUAGUCAUUAACAAACACUCUUCAAAAGCACCCUGUGCUUUAGUGGGAAGUGGCCUAAAUCAAGCCACAGCAUCAGGAACUGAAGGACAACAGCUAACUAUGGCAUUAUCAACUCAAUCUUUGAAGAUGGAAUUAAGCCCUGGUGUUGACUCAAAAGUGCUAUUGAAACAAACGAGUAGCACUCUCCCACCAGGUCUUCAGAUCCAGGUGUCAGGGAUGACAACAGCCACUGGACACUCAAUCGGCACCCAGUCACAUUGCACUUUCAAAAAGACAUCACAAUCUAUCACAGAUACAGUGCAUUCACCAGUUUCUACAGAACAACCAGCCUCAUUUACAAAGUCAAAUACUGUCACAAGAAAUCUUGGCCAGGUUGUUACCAAUGCCUCUUAUACCAGAUCCUCUAAACCAUCUACUUUCACAAUAGGGUCACAAUUAGGCUCUUUCACAACUAAUACUACAGCAGGUAUGUCCACAUGUGUAUUGGCCGGCCGCUCUCCUGCUCAGGUAACCUCUCCUGUGCAUGUCAACCCAAACCCAACCUCCACGGCUACACUUGUUCAUUAUCCCUCACAGCUAUUGGCUAAAGAAACUACACCAAUCAUAUCGACAUCUCAGAAAGCUCCCAAUAAAACCGAACCGUACAUGUCCUCAGCUACCAACACCAGUACACAAUCCAUGGGCCCUACCAUUGGGGUUAACAAUGCCCAGCAGAGGAUAGUCAUCAGUACAUCAAAGCCUCUAGCAGCUGGCACACAGAUACUUCUCAAUAACACCUGUUUUAUAGUUCCUCCCCAGGGCUUAGCUCCAGGUAGCCAUGUGCUCAUCAUCUCUAGUCCUUCGCCACAGAAAGUGCCUAAUGCCAGUGGUAGCUGCAUUGGGUCGGCAGUGCCUAUGCAAGGAGUGAGUCAGGGUCCAACAACCCCUCAAGGACAAUUUUUAACCGGGUCCCAAACUAGGUUGCCUGGUGUCCCAGGUGUGAUUUCACCUUUUGCAGGUUGCAUACCUGUUGUUCCAAAAAAUGUCCAGGGACCAUCUCAGUUAUCACCUAAAAUGAAUCUUGUUUCUGCUUCGGGCUUACAUGUUUGUUCCUCUGCGUUACCUGUGCUAAGCAACCCCCCUCAGUUAGCCAAACGAGCGGCCCACGUUCCUUCGGUCAUUACCAGUGGCCUUGGUCUUGAUCAUUCUUCUACUGUUAGGUUGGCUACUGGUACGCCACUUCCUGCUGAAUGUUCCAAUACCGUUUCACCUGUUGACGUACCUGCCCUUUCCCGAUUGCCUGCACCAUUGUCAACUUUGCCGAGCCCGAUCUCUAUUCCCCACUCCCUUUCAAAGGUUUCAGCAACAACCAGAGGCUCGUGUAUACAGCCGCCCCUGAAAUCUAAAAUUACAGCACCCUUUGUUGCACAUCUGGGCCUUGGCAUAACCACAGUUUCUCAGCAGGCAGCGUCAGUCAUUCAAGUGUCUGCAGAUUCAUUAACCUCAUCAGUACAGAACCUACCCACCUCAACAGUUACACAAACUGAAAGCGCCACAGACGUUAAGCAACGGGCAUAUGUACUUACCUUAUCGCCACCCUCUAACACAUUUCAACCAAUCACACAGUUGACCACAAACCCCAUUCACCAGCCAGAUGCCCUAUCCAAUCAGACACUUGUUAAACCUACUUUGCAGAAAUUCCACCUCGGGAUGGCAAACCAUGUAACAAAUAAGCUCAUCAUCAGUCCCAGUGCCAUUUUGAGUUCGGUGCAGUGCCAGGCUAAAGCAGCUGAACCGAAUGUCUACCCUAAACAGACUGCGCUGAUUCUCACCCCCAAAAGUUCUAAUGGAGCUUUGCAUCACCAGCCAACACCAAGUCAACCAAAUAACUGAGACCAUGAGUCUGAAAUGUUUAUGCACUUAUUAACACUGCUAUACAACUCUGAAGAAAAGUAAUAUCAGAUACUGAUUAGACUAUCAAAUGCUGUUCUAAGCAAUUUUAUUUUUUUUUUGUCUGUUUGAUAACUGAGGUUAACAGAUCUGUUUUGGACUUCAUGGCCAGUAAAGACAACUGGGAGAAAGGAGUUAAAUGGAUUUCAUAAUUUAUUGUAAUUCGUGCUUUAAAAGCAAACUCUUCGAUAAGCAUUGUUACAACCUGCUAUUUACUCCAGGUGAUCCAGUGAACAUGACACUUGUGUCUAUUCUCAAGCGUUUGGAAAAACUGCUUAGAAAUUUGUAGGAAAUGUUAAGCCUGUUUGAUUUGUACAUACUUGAGUCACAGUUAAAUGUUUUGCAGUCAUUUUGUAUUUAUUUUCUAACAUAUCGAUUUGGUAGUUCUUUGCCAAGUUCAUGGAACAAAUGUGGAGGUCAAAGUGUGACAUUAAAACAUUGUGUCCUCUGUUCUACAAAGAC